UCGCCGGUCAGUCGCGGUCAGUUUCACCCCCGCUCUUCUCCUAACCCGAGUCGCGUCGCACCGGAAGCGAAUCAGCCUCUUCAGUCUUCUCCGUCUCUCUCUCUCUCCCGCCCGUCGAUUCUGUCUCGGACCGCGCGGAGGUGGUCCCUCGGAUCGGAAUUGCGCUAACCGAUCACGGAUCACUCCGAUCAGUAGAGUACGAGCGGCCGCGCGUCGAUCAUUGUCGAGUAUCGCGUGGCUCUCGCGGCAAGUUUUCGUUUUCUGCAUGACGUUCCGUGCUGUUUUACUUCUCGAAAUGACAUCGAGAGCUCUUCGUUUGAAGUGGACCGUCUGUCUGGCACUCAUUCUGCAGGUGUGCCAGACGGUGCAACUGAUCGAAGGGUAUCCUCGCGCUUCCUCAGAGGUGUCGGAGGAGUCACCGAACGCCGAAAGUUCCUCGUCGCAGGACACGUCAAUUUCAAGAGUGAUCGAAGAGGCGUACGAGCAGCAGGUGUUUCUGCGACCCCAAGAAUGGCCGCAGAAGACCAGCGACGGAGACAAUUGUUGUUCACAAAGGAUAGAACAGAUGCAGAGGGACACUUCGAAGGAGAAAUUUUCAAGCGAUGGGAUGAUUCAAAGUAGAUCAAAAAAAUCACUGCAAGAUUCAAGCACUGAUAUGUCGAUGUACAGGAGUUCGGAUAUAUCGCACAGGCACACGGGCACAUCAAUGCACAGGAAUUCCGAUGAGAAAAUUAUUUUCCCGGACGGUAGGGUCUCAAUGUCGGAAACACCGAUGCUGCCGACGUUGACCUGCCGCAAAAGUACGUUUUGCGAGAACGUUGCCGACUAUCCCAGGCAACUGGUGAACUCAGCGAUACAGCGGAACAUCAGUUUGAGAUUCCUGGAGAGUGUCGAUACUGUCGAUUCGAUGUCCGACAUCGGCGACGUCGAACAAAGGAUAGACACGGUGUCGCGUGAAUCAGUGCUUUGUCCAAUUCGUGAACAAGUGGUAUACCCGCAAACCGCGCAGAACAAGGAAAAUCAAUGGUUGUUCAUCGUGAACCAGGAUGACUUGAAACAAGGAAUACGCAUUGAAGUUUGUUUGAACGAAGGCCAGGAGUGCAACAUGGUCGAGGGCUUCGCCGAGGGCUACAAGACCUCCUGCAAACAGAAAUACAUCUAUCGAGAAUUGGCAGCGGUGGGAAGCGACGGUAACAUUUUCAAGGAUCAAUUCCGCUUUCCGUCGAGCUGUUGUUGUCACGUAAAAUUCACCGGCGAUCCCACAGCCAGGCUGGGACUGAGAUUAAACCUGCCAGUCAAUCAAACACAAUAAAGUAGAUCAAGUGCCUUUUUCACGUCAAUGAUACUCCGAUAGGAAAGCUAGGAUGAGCGAGGAGAAAAUAUAAUGGAGUGACUCUUUCCGUCUCAUUCGUGUCUAUGCAGACGUUCGGUACGUCACACGUUCACAGAUAGGAUGCUCAGGAUGACUCUGUCAUAUCAACUCUGAUGAUAUUACAUCAAGCAGCUUGUUGUCGUUAAUUAUUAAUAGUAAAAUUAUGAAGCGAUAUUUUUUGUAAUUGCUUGUCAAUUUAAUUUGUGAUAUUACGUACUCCAAUUUCAGUUCAGAACUGUGUUUCAAGACAAAUAACACUGGUUUGCAAAUUUUGAAUACUUUAUUUCAAAAAAGACCUAAAUUUUUUUGAGAUGGUUGCUUUUGCCUACA